AUGGAUCGCGCACAGUUUCGCACUGCGGCUCACUCGGCCAUCGAUGAUAUCCUCAAUUACUUCGACACCGUCCCCGAGCGCCGAGUCCUCCCCGCCGUUGACCCGGGAUACCUUCGUCCUCUAAUUCCUGAGAAUCCACCCGCCGAAGGUGAAGCGUGGGCGGAGAUCCAGGAGGAUGUCGAUUCCAAGAUCAAGCCGGGCCUGACACAUUGGCAGUCGCCCAACUUCAUGGCGUACUACCCCGCCAGUGUGACCUAUCCGAGUAUUCUGGGUGAGAUGUAUUCCGCGGCGUUUACGGCCCCGGCAUUCAACUGGCUGUGUUCGCCCGCCUGCACCGAGUUGGAGACAAUCGCGAUGGACUGGGUUGCCCGGGCAUUGACUCUACCGGAAUGCUUCCUGAGUACCUCGGAGAACCGCGGCGGCGGCGUGAUCCAGAACAGCGCCAGUGAUGCGAUCGCAACGAUGAUGGUGGCGGCCCGGGAGAGGCGAGUGCGGGAGAUGGUGUUGGUCGAGGGUCUCCAGGAGGGCACAACUGAAUACGAAGAGCGGAAGAUGGACCUCCAGCCGCGCUUGGUGGCCAUCGCGAGUGACCAGACGCACAGCAGUGCGGCCAAGGGCGCAUUGAUCGCGGGGACUCGCUUCCGCAGCGUGACGACGGGUCUGGAGAACAACAUGGAGAUGACCGCCUCGCGCCUGCGCGAGGUGUUGGAGAAGUGUGACCGGGACCGGCUGACUCCCUACCAUCUAACCGUGACCUUUGGCACCACCAACACCUGCAGCGUUGACCGUUUUGCUGAAAUCAAGGCAGUGCUGCAGGAGAAGCCGGCAUGGCAGCGGAUCUGGGUUCAUGUCGAUGCUGCGUACGCCGGCGCAUCGCUGGUAGCCGACGAGUGGCAGUACAUUGCCAAGGACUUUGCGGAGGGAGUCGACAGCUUCAACAUGAACAUGCACAAGUGGCUGUUGGUGAACUUCGAUGCCAGCGUCCUGUUCGUGCGCAACCGUCUCGAUCUCACCAACGCUCUCGAUAUCACCCCGACAUACCUGCGCAACCCCUACUCGGACAUGGGCACGGUGAUCGACUACCGCAACUGGUCCAUCUCUCUCGGCCGGCGCUUCCGGGCCCUGAAGAUCUGGUUCGUCAUGCGCAGUUACGGUCUGAACGGCAUGAAGGCGCACAUUCGCAAGACCAUCGAGCUCGGCAACGUCUUUGCCGACCUCGUUCGGGGUCGGUCGGAUCUGUUCGAGAUCGUCACCAAGCCGGCUUUCUGCCUAACGGUCUUCCGCAUUAAAAACCCACAGGCAUUCUGCGAGUCCGAGUCCGACGGUGCUGCUGUCUGCCGGAAGGACGAGGUGGCCGACAGGAUCACCAAGAAGGUCUACGAGCUGAUCAACGCGCGGGGCGAGAUCUUCAUCACAUCCACGGUCGUUGACGGGGUGUACGUGAUCCGCGUGGUGAGUGCUAAUCCGAUGGCGGAGGAAAAGUACGUGCGAAAUGCAUUCGACAUCCUCGUUCGGACGACGGACGAAGUUCUGCAACAGAAAUAG